GUUCAUGGCUGUUGUUCUGGCCGUGUGCCUGGAGUAUCGGCAUGGCGGCCACCCCGGGACAGUUUCCUGACCUCGGCCUGCUGUUCCUGUUUGGUCUGGGCUCUGUCAUCAUGAGGGGAGCAGCCUGCACCAUUAAUGACCUGUGGGACAGGGACAUUGAUAGGAAGGUUGCUAGGACGCGGUUACGCCCGAUAGCCAGCGGUAAGAUCAGCCCUCGUGAAGCUGUGCUGUUCCUGGGAGGACAGCUGAGUGUAGCGCUGUGCAUCCUGCUGUCACUCAACAACUACAGUGUGGUUCUCGGAUUCUCCUCCAUGCUGCUGGUCUCAACCUACCCACUGUUCAAAAGAGUCACCUACUGGCCACAGGCAGUGCUGGGUCUAACCAUCAACUGGGGAGCGCUGCUAGGCUGGGCCGCUGUGAAGGGCAGCUGUGAUUGGUCGGUGGUUCUCCCGCUGUAUCUUGCAGCGGCAUCAUGGACUAUGGUGUACGAUACCAUAUACGCUCAUCAGGACAAGGCUGAUGACGUCCUAAUCGGUGUGAAGUCCACGGCCCUGAGGUUUGGGGAGGACACGCGAGCCUGGCUGUCUGGCUUCAGCGCUGCGAUGGUUUCUGGACUGCUGCUCAGUGGGCUCAUGUGCGAGCAGACAUGGCCGUACUACGCAGCUGUCGGCCUGACAGGUGCACACCUGUACAACCAGGUUGCAACUGCUAAGUUUGACAAGCCAGAAGACUGUUGGAAGAAGUUCAGUUCUAAUAGGAGACUCGGUGCCAUCAUCUUCGCUGGCAUUGUGGCAGGCACUCUACUCAAGGCAGGCAACAGUAACAAGGAAGGAAGGACAGACAAGAACCAAUAG